GUCAGUUGUGAAUCGCCUCGACUCCUCAAGGAGUGGCGACAUCAAGGAUGGCCACUACCCGCACGGCAUCCCUCGUGAGGACCUCAGGGCCCUCUUCGCAGAAGCCGAUGCGGAUCGCUCCGGUGAGGUCUCCGCAAUGGAAUGGUCCACGAUGCUGUAUCGGCUUGAAGUGUCUACUUGGCCGACUCCGGACGCCGUGAACGUGCCGAGGGCCGUCAUGACGAUCAACAGCGCUGCUGCGAAGUGGGGGACCUUAGAGCGAGACACUGAACAUGAUCCGUCACCGGGCGCCCGGUCUUGGGUUGAACAAGAAGAAGAUCUCGGACUCUGA